AUUUCCUCACUGCGAAGUAGUCGCAACACGCCUCCUCGGUGUGCGUGUCACAAUUUUGACUGGUUCUUCUCGGCAAAUUCGCGUUCAGAACCCGAGCGAGACGGUCAGUCUUCCUCUCCUGCACUCACAGGAACGAUCAACGACGUUCUCACAGCACGAACGAAGGAAUAUCUGAAUUAUUCAAUCAAAUCAGAUGGAUUUAAGGAGUUUGGCCCCGGUUGUCCUCCUUCUUGCGUUCUCUUCGACGACAGUUUUAGCACAAAGUGCCGCACCUGGCGUAGUUUGCGAGUCCAUGAACGGGACCAGCUGCGAGCAAUGUCUGACCAACGUGACGUGUUUGUGGUGUAUCAAAACCAAGGCGUGUGUGACGUACCCAGUGAGGACCAUUUUGCCACCGCAUUCACUUUGUCCGCUCUAUGAUGCACGCUGGGGCCUGUGUUGGAUGAAUUUCCAGAACUUGAUCAUCACUCUUGCGGUACUGGGUGGCGUUAUCAUCAUCGCCCUGCUGGUCUGUAUGUUCUGCUGCUGCAAGUGUGAAAAUGUUGGGUUGAACUUCCAGAACUUGAUCAUCACUCUUGCGGUACUGGGUGGCGUUAUCAUCAUCGCCCUGCUGGUCUGUAUGUUCUGCUGCUGCAAGUGUGAAAAUGUUGGUCCUAGAGGAUGUCACACUAAUUUUACCCGGAAGCAGUUUGUGGUCAAGAUUUUGUGCUUUUGUCUUCACAGGCGGGCUGAGAUGAAACAGAGACAUGAUGAUAUCAGGAAGAAAUAUGGCCUAAGUGGACCAAAUCCCUAUUCCCGAUUUGGAUGAGAGGAUUCAUACACCAGGACUUUAUUUAACAGCAAUGAAGUAAUGUCAUUUUUUUUUUCCUAAUUUAAUAACUAUACAAUAAAUGCUUAGGACGUCGAUCAGCCAAUGAACAGGAAUGUUGUGCAACGAGCCAAGAGGCCGUCAUCGAACGCUAUUAUUUUCCACUGCACGGUCCCAUUUGCUGCUUGAACAUCCUCAAACGCAAGUUCGAUUGUGACAUCUGCUCAUACAUGCUCAUACGAGACUUGUGUAGCUGCGGUGAUUUCCCAGGAAUCCGUUUAUUUUUCGGAUUGUUUCACAGCCAACAUUGUCACCAUUAGUUUUCUGUAGGCUCUUUCUUCUUUUUGCAACAUUUUUCUGACCAUAUGUGAUGUCUGUUGGCCUGUAGUCAGUCUUAAAAAGUUGAUGUCUUGAUAAUUUAUUGUCCCGUUUGGCUGCUGAGCAACCAUUUCUUGAAGGAAAUUUUCCAUACCUGCUUUGCAAGCAUCCUUGAAUGUAUUUGAGCAGUUGUUGAUCUUUGAAUUGUGGCAUUAGGGACCUAUUUUUAGUUGUUGGGGGGGGGUGUUCCACUUUUGUCCGCUUUUAAAAUGUUUCUUAAUUUAAGGUGAAUGUGCGUUUUUUCAGGAAGCAAUACGACUUGUAAAGAUACACGCUGUGGAGGAAUUAAAAAAAUAAAACUAAUACCAAACACA